ACAUGAAGACCUGCGUGAUUCUCCUGGCGAUGGCCGCGGCCUGUGCGGCGUUUCCCCACCCGGGGCCCCCCGCGCCCCCUGGCCCCAUGCCCCCGACGCCGCACGCCAUGCCGCCCCCCGCGCCCCCGGGCCUUGGCACGGAGAUGGGCAAGCAGGGCGCGACGUCGGACCUGAAGGGCGAGGAGGCCCUGUACCUGGCCAGCCCGUACUCGGCGCUCCCCUACCAGCCCUACUCGGCCUACAACAUCCGCGCCCCGGGCUACGGCCUGAGCUACGGGGCCAUCGGCGGCCUCGGCGGCCUCGGCUACUCGUCGUACGGACUGCAGACCGCCCCCAUCUACCCCUACUACUACUAGGGCCUCGGCCAGACAAGAUGUGAUAGCAACGGCUCUACAAGACUGACUUCAUUGGUGCAACGAUAGUAAGAAGAAUAGCUAUUUCCGUAGGAAAAAAAAAACAAAGCAGCUCGCAAUGAUGAAAUAAAUUAUUUAAGUGUGAA